AUGGCCGGUGGUUGGCAACCCCAAGUCUCCGCUGUAGAAAUCAACGGUGGUCCUCUUAAAGGAGGUCCAGAUGGAGUCAUUGGAUCUGAGAACGAUGGUCCUACGGGUGCAAAGAAAAAGGUUGUGAUUGUUGGGCUUGGAAUGGUCGGCAUCAGUUUCAUUGAGAAACUUAUGAAAUUGGACGCCCGAAGACGAGAAUACGACAUCAUCGUCAUUGGCGAAGAAGCGCAUCUAGCAUACAACCGCGUUGGCCUCACAUCUUUCUUCCAGCACCGGAAGGUCGAGAACUUGUAUCUUAAUCCGAAAGAAUGGUAUUCAGCUUGUCCUGAGGGCUCCCUAGACUACCACCUAAACACAAAAGUAACAUCCAUCCACCCCGACACCAAAACAGUCUCCUGUUCCUCGGGCGAAGAAGUCUCCUACAACAUCCUCGUCCUAGCCACGGGCUCCGAUGCCCUUGUCCCACGCCACACGCCGGGUCAUGACGCAAAGGGUGUGUUUGUGUAUAGAACCAUUGAGGAUCUACAGAAACUUAUCGAUUACUCGGCUUUGAAAAAAGGGACUACUGGCGCUGUUGUAGGUGGUGGCUUGCUUGGGUUAGAAGCAGCGAAGGCGAUGAUCGAUUUGGAGAACUUCGAGAAAGUGAAGUUGAUUGAAAGGAAUAGAUGGGUGUUGAGCAGGCAGCUGGAUGGUGAUGCUGGUGGGUUAGUUGUGGAGCAGGUCACGAAUCUAGGCCUAGAUGUGCUGCUAAGCAAACGAGUAGGCCGCAUUGAAGUCAACGAGGAGAAUGCGGUGAAGGGUGUGGUAUUUGAGGAUGGGGAGAGCAUGGAGUGCUCCACCAUCUGCUUCGCGAUUGGGAUUAAAGCGCGCGAUGAGCUGGCAAGACAGGCGGGCAUUAAGUGUGCGGAUCGAGGAGGUGGGAUUGUGGUUGAUGGAGAGCUGAAGACGAGUGCUAAAGACAUCUAUGCUAUUGGUGAGUGUGCGAGUUGGGAGAAUCAGACGUUUGGACUCAUCGCGCCGGGGGUUGAGAUGGCGGAUGUCUUGUCUUUCAAUCUUACGCAAGCAAAGAUACAUACGUACAGAAAAUUCAAGAGGCCGGAUCUCAGUACCAAGUUGAAGCUGCUCGGGGUCGAGGUUGCGAGUUUUGGCGACUUUUUUGCGGAUAGAGAUGGCCCCAAGCACCUCCCUGUGAGAGCUGCGAAGAAGAAAGAGGGGAGCCCGGACCCGUUGCACAGGCUGACUGAUGGGCCAGCUCCUUCUCCCGUCAAGGCUUUGACGUACAAGGACCCGUUUCAGGCUGUGUACAAGAAAUAUUUGUUUACUCUUGAUGGCAAAUAUCUUCUUGGGGGGAUGAUGAUAGGGGACACUCGCGAUUAUGUCAAGUUGGUGCCUAUGGUCAAGAACCAGAAAGCGCUGGAUAUUCCACCCAGUCAAUUUAUCUUAGGAGCGAGCAAAGAAGGCGACGACGAAGGUGACGAUCUCGACGACGACACGCAAAUCUGCUCCUGCCACAAUGUCACUAAAGGAGAUGUCUGUGGUGUGGUUAAAGAUGGAUCCUGUAAGAGUAUUGGAGACGUGAAGUCUUGCACAAAAGCUGGAACUGGUUGCGGUGGUUGCAUGCCUCUCGUGACCAGUAUCUUCAAUGCCCAGAUGAAAUCCAUGGGCAAAGAAGUCAAAAACCACAUCUGUCCGCACUUCAACUACUCUCGGGCAGAUUUAUACAACAUUAUUUCAGUCAAGAAAUUGAAGACCUUGCAAGAGGUUAUGAAAGCGGCAGGUAACGACCCUGAGAGUCAGGGAUGCGAGGCUUGCAAACCUAGUAUUGGAUCCAUCUUCUCGAGUUUGUACAACAAACAUGUUAUGGAUAAACCUAUUCACGGUUUGCAGGAGACUAAUGAUAAGUUUUUGGGUAACAUUCAGAGGAAUGGGACGUAUUCGGUGGUUCCUCGUGUGAGUGCCGGAGAGAUCACUCCAGAUAAACUGAUUGUUAUUGGGAAUGUAGCCAAGAAGUACAAUCUCUACACCAAAAUAACUGGCGGGCAGAGAAUCGACAUGUUUGGCGCCAAGAAACAGGAUCUCCUUGACAUCUGGAAGAUGCUGGUGGAGGGUGGAAUGGAGAGUGGACAUGCGUAUGCAAAGUCACUACGUACCGUAAAGAGUUGUGUGGGUACCACUUGGUGCCGAUACGGCAUUGCAGACAGUGUGGGCAUGGCCGUUCGAUUGGAAGAGCGAUACAAGAGUAUACGCAGUCCACAUAAAAUGAAAGGGGGGGUCAGUGGUUGUGUCCGAGAGUGCGCUGAGGCUCAAAACAAAGACUUCGGUCUCAUCGCCACAGAGAAAGGUUUCAACAUAUUCGUUGGCGGCAACGGCGGCGCCUCACCCAGACACAGCGAGAUUCUCGCCAAAGACGUCCCCCCGGACGACAUCAUACCCAUCUUGGAUCGCUACCUAAUGUUCUACAUCCGCACCGCCGACAAACUGCAACGCACCGCGCGCUGGCUUGAAAACCUACCUGGCGGAAUCAAAUACCUUCGCGAAGUGAUCCUGGAAGACAAACUGGGCAUCUGCGCCUCGCUCGAAGCGCAAAUGGAAGAACUCGUGGGCACAUUCUUCGACGAGUGGGCCGAAGCCAUCAAAGACCCGGAGCGCGCGAAGCAUUUCCAGCAGUUUGCGAAUACGAAGGACACGCUGGAGAAUAUGGAGAAUGAGGAGGAUAGGGGACAAUUGAGGCCGGUGUAUUGGGCCAAGGAGAGUGCCAAGGUGGACUUCAAGAAUACGAACUGGACAAGCUUGACAUGGCAGCCGAUGAUUGAGGCGGCGCAUUUCAAGGGUGCGGACGAGACGCCUAAUGGCAUAAGUGCGAAUGUCAAGAGAGGCGAUACGCAACUGGCGGUCUUCCGAGUCAAAGGGAAAUGGCUUGCAAGUCAACAGAUGUGUCCGCAUAAACGGGCUUUUGUGCUCUCGGAUGGGUUGAUCGGUGAUUCGAAAGAUAAGCUCUGGGUCUCGUGUCCGUACCAUAAGCGGAAUUUCGAACUCACGGGCGAGCAAGCGGGACGGUGUCAGAAUGAUGAGGAGGUCAGCAUUGCGACGUUUCCGGUGGAGGAGAGGGAAGAUGGUAUGGUGUAUUUGAAGUUGCCGCCUGUGCAUGAGCUGGAUGGAGUGCUGGGGACGAAGAAGUGGAUGGUGAAGAAGGGGGAGAGUGGGGAGAGUCCGUUUGAGAAGUUGGAUAGGCGGAUUGGGUUGAAUGGGACAAAGAUGAAGGGGAGAAAGCCGUUUGAGGCGAAGAGGGCGUUGGCUGCGGGUGGUCCGGGAGAUAAUGGUAUUGAUUGGUAG